UAACGUCAUUAUUAGAGUUGACUUCCGGUAAUCAAUAAUAAAAAAGAGGCUAUAUCUGGGGUUUUUAUGCAGGGAUAAAAGAACGUUGCGCGUAAACGAAGAAAAGAAACACACACACAUUUCAACACGAACUUGAUGUAAUGUCUCGGACAACUGGAAACACAGUAUUACCCAAUGCUGAGAAAACGGAUGAUGCUACACAUCUUUGUGAUCCAUGUCAAUACGACGACACAAAGGAGUCAGCAGUCGGAUUCUGUGUAGUUUGUGUAGAAUAUCUAUGUCAAGGGUGUUGCCGUGAUCACAAGAAAAGUAAAGUGACUAGAGAUCAUAAGAUUAUAAAGGACAAUCUGCCUGAAGAUGCUACAGUAUUUAGAUUAGUUAAAGAAAUGACGUCUUGUACAGAACAUCCGGACAUACAAGUAUCUCAUAAAUGUGAAGAUCAUCGGGUGUAUGUGUGUGUCAUGUGCAUUGCUGGGGCACAUAGGAAAUGUGAUCAUGUUACGGAAUUACAAAAAGAACGGAGCGGCAGUGAGUCUGACUGGCUGAAAACAACCGGUGUGUUGGAGGAGAUUAAAGAGAAAUCUGAACGAAUUGUCGAAAAACGCAAAGAAAACAUGAACGUUUUAGUCGAAGAGCAAAAUGAUAUACAUAGAGAAACUUCCUCUCUUCUUCAGCAGCUACAGCAAAACCUGACACUUCUUGAGCAAGAUGUUAUAAUUCGAUCCGAGAAUCUAACGCAUGCGCAGCUCGCUGUUAUGAAAAAUGAUGUGGAUAUUUGUGAACAGCUGCAGAACCAACGAAAAGUGUUUGAAAAGCUCCUAAAUACUGUCAAAGAACAUUUCAGCUGUACAGACCUUGAUAUUGUCACGGUCGAUAUACAGCAGAAACUUGCAGUUAUCAACAACGUUCUUGAUGAACAACAACAAAAAGAUGACGUGCAUUUGAAAUUCAAGCCAAAUAAAUCACUUUUUAAAUUGAAAAGUCUCGGACACCUGACAUGUUGCCAAAAUGAUUUAGCAAAUGAUACACAAAUUGCCGGUAUCGAAGCCUCAAGCGAUGAAAUCAUUGAUUCGCAAACGUGUGUCUCCAAAAAGGGGGACAAAGCCGGAAAGACAAAUGGAAAGCCACCGACAAAGGACGCUAAUAAAGCGCGAAGAAAGAAAAAGACGAAAAAGAUCUUUACAGCAAGAUCUCCUGACGAUGCAAAUGAUUGUUGUAUUAGUGGAAUUAUAAUAUUUCAAGAUGGCAGACUCGUGGUGAUAGACCAGGUCAAUAGAAAAAUAAAGGUUUUCAGUUCUGGUGAUUUCAAACUAAUCUUUGUUCACGCGCUUGAAGCCGAACCAGUUGAUUUAUGCAAAGUUGGCCCAAAGACAUUUUCUUUAGUCUAUAAAGACGUGAAACUCAUUGAGAGAUUUACAAUCGAUGGGAAAACGGCAAAGCUUGAACGUAGCUGGAAAACCAAAUUUUGUAAUGUAGCAAUUACUAAGGAUGAAGAGUUUUAUGCAGUUCUAUGCAAGGCUGACGGAAGUAAUGCAAGCCAAAUCUAUAUACAAAUAAGAAGAGACAAUGAUUGCAAGGUUCUUCUUGAAGCAAACAUAUUUAAAACUGAAGAAGACGAAUUUGAAAAUGAUUAUUUCAGUAUUUGCACAAUUGGAACUGAGAUAAUAGUAGCAAAUAAAUAUGUUGGGAUUAUCAUCUACCAUAGGACGAAUUUUGAAAGUCUUGAGGUCGUGCGAACAUUGAAUGCUAACAAAGAUUGCUCCAUUGACCUAAGAGGACUUUAUGUUGACAAGGCCGCUAAUUUAUACGCUUGUUCACCAUCAUUUAGAUGUGUGUAUGAAAGCUCUGCUCAAGAUUAUGGCAGUUUGAAGAAAAUUGCCUCUGAUAUAGAAAAACCACUCGCUGUUGCUGUGAGUCAGAAGAAGGACCGACUCAUCGUUGGUUGCCAUGGUGACAAUUAUAUUCACAUCUUCAAUAUAAAAUAAAUAAAUGAAUAUGUGAACUACAGUUGUAUGUGAGAAACAAAUACUUGAAGUAUCGGUGAUAUAGUUUAUUUUCAAACCAAGAAAAUCAACAAAGAAUGACAUAUUAUUUGAAAUUCAGUGAGACCAUCUGUCUAAGACAGAUGACACAUAGCUACAUGCUAUGGACAGCAAGAAUAAAAAAGUCACAAUAACUCUAUUUUUCUUCAACUUUGUGACAUCACUUCCUGAACUGUUUACUUUUUUAAUGUAUGAUGUUUUAGCCGUGAUUAUCAUUGCUAGAGUGAUAUAAGUCAGGUCAAGUGACACAAGAUUGGGAUGUAGACAUCGCUUUAAAGUAAUCCUAUUUGCUAUGUAUUUGAAUGUGUAUGUUAUGAGUGUUAUGAGUGUAUUAUCAAUGUAUGAUAAAUUAUAUCAAGGUAUUCGGA